AUGUAUCCUUCAGUGGUGGACCUUCCCACGUGUGACACGACCACAGAUCCACAUGCUUUGAAUUCAAAUGGCAACCAGUCGACUCAACCAAUCUCACACCAACAUGUGUUGUCCAACCAUUCAUCGAUUCGGAACAAGAGAUUUGAAACAAACUCUUCCGAUGUAGUGGCCACCAAGAAUCCUCCUUCCACGAACCCUCUUCACUCCUCCUUUCAAAAUUCUUUAACAUUCCAUGAUGUGUCACAGAAUUCAACAUUGUUUCAUGAUACUUUUGAUCCAUUGUUGUUAAUGAGCUUGGUUGAAACUCUUCAAAUGCACUCUGAAGAAACCCAUCGAUGGAAACAAUCGAUUUCAGAACACAUUCAACACAUGGACAUGAAAAUGAGUGCCAUUUUGAAUUUUAUAAAGAAAAAUCAAGUGCAUUCUUCUCUCAAAGAAUCUCAAAUCAAUAAUCAAUACUCAAUAAUGAUGUCACAAGAUCAUGAUCCAAAUAUAUUACAUGUGAACUCUCCUGAGGUAUUAUUGAAUACUACACUCAAAAGUCCAGUACAGAAUGAUGACAAGGGUUAUCAUCAUCCUCAUGCCAUACGAGACCUUAACGAAUCGAGAAGGCAAUUGACACAAUAUUCACAACCCUCUGCGACACUCAAUCCUUAUUCGUACAAUCAAGCACUUGAUGGUACUUUCUGCACUUCCGUACAGGAUUCUAAUUCCUUAGAUCAAAAGAAUUAUAAUGGACCAUUCGUGACGACAUGCCAAGCAACAACGACCGUCACUGCUUGUAUUGUACCACCUCCUCAGUCUCCUCCUCAAGUAAUCCCUACUAGUCUUCUUUCGGUACAGGAACGAUUAAAUUCUUUGAGAAGCUCUUUCCAAACAAUUCGUCAACAUUCUGAACCUUCUUCCGAAAAUGUAACAUCUUCCAAGUGGAAGGACAAUGAAAAAGAUCCAGCUUUGGUUGGGUCAUUGGAACCAGUUGCGCAACACGACGAUGAAGAACAUGAGCUUGAAGAGCUCACAAAACAUAUCAAUCAGCCAAAUAUUAAUUCAGAUUUUGAAAAUGAUGUUCAACUCAUUUGUGAGCUUGGCUUUUCUGAGGAAGCUGCAAGACAUGCCUUAAAGAGUUUUGGAGAUCGAGGAUUAGCCAUGAGUUACUUGUUAGAAAAUCAAUGUUGA